GCGUAUAAUUAUCUCGUGCAUGAUCGGAUGCGAUGCAUCUAAUAGAUUACGAGACAUUCACGUGAUUUAAUGAUAAGCGAGAUAUAUUAAUCUUUUAACAACUAAUAAGGAAAUCUAAAUAAUUGAUUAAAAUGUCUGUUAAUGACACGAAGGAUGUGGUUAUGAUAGAAGACGACGAGUAUCAAGUUACUGAAAAUGAUGAAAUAGCUGCCAUUGAUUACGAGCUACAACAAAUAGAGAGUGAACUGCAGAAACUCCAGGAUCGUAAGAAAAUAUUAACUCAGCGCAAGGAAAAGUUACGCGACGACGCUCUUUUGAAGAAAAGUUUCUCCUUGUCCAAGAAAAAUUGGAACAAUGAAGAGUUUGAUUGGUCCGCAAAACUCAAGAAAGCUUUAAAAGACGUCUUCAAGAUUGACAAGUUGCGAGAGUUACAAUUGCCAACUAUGAAUGCAAUUAUGUCCAAAGAAGAUGUCAUAUUAAUUAUGCCUACAGGUGGUGGUAAAAGCUUGUGUUACCAGUUGCCAGCUGUAAUCAGCAAAGGUAUAACUAUAGUAGUUUCGCCAUUAGUGUCUUUGAUGGAGGAUCAAUUACAUGGCUUGCAUAAAUUUAACGUAAAGGCUACCAUGUUGUGCGCAAAGGCAGACAAAGAAAGUGUCAAGAUGACCAUGAAUGCACUUGCGGAUAAAAAGUCGGAUCUAAAGCUCAUCUACGUAACGCCAGAGUACAUGGCAAAGUCCAAUCGUUUUAUGAGCAAGCUGCAGAAAGCGUACGAGUUGGGACAUCUGGAGCGUUUCGCCAUAGACGAGGUACACUGUUGUAGUCAAUGGGGUCACGACUUCAGACCGGAUUACAAGUUUCUAGGUGUGCUGAAAUCCAUGUUCCAAGGCAUACCGAUUCUAGGUCUCACCGCCACGGCUCCGGCUAAGAUCAUCGUAGACGUGCAGAAAAUGUUGGACAUCAGCGGUUGCCUGGUCUUACGAGCUUCGUUCAAUAGACCUAAUUUAUAUUACGAGGUUCGUCGUAAACCGGCGGAUAAGGAAACAUGCCUCACAAUGAUAGAAAAUCUCUUGAAGAAUCGAUUCGCCGGCAAAUCGGGUAUAAUCUAUACGACCACGAUUAAGGAUGCCGAACAAUUGACCACGGAUUUAAGGGCCAGAGGUAUUAAAGUCGGAUGCUAUCACGCGAUGCUCGAGGCGGAGUACAGAUCGGAAGUGUACUCCAAAUGGAUAUCAGGCAAGUAUCAAGCGGUGAUUGCGACUAUCGCCUUUGGAUUAGGCAUCGACAAGCCGGACGUGCGAUUCGUGAUACAUCACUGCGUUUCUAAAUCGAUGGAGAACUUUUAUCAGGAAAGCGGUAGAGCAGGCAGGGAUGGCAAGAAGUCGGUGUGUCUCGUACUUUACAGAUUAGCAGAUAUAUUUAAGUUGAGUACAAUGGUAUUUCAAGAUAGAGUCGGGCUGCAAAACUUGUACAAGGUGUUGACGUAUUGCCUGGAUCAAACAUCCUGUAGACGAAGUUUAAUAGCGACUCAUUUCGAGGAAACUUGGAACGCGAGCGAUUGCGUCGAAAUGUGUGAUCAUUGUAGGAAGCCGAAUGUUGGAAAAGAGGUCGAUAUAGGGCAAUAUUGCAGACAGCUGUAUCAAAUUAUGACAAAGGCCGUGCAAAACGAAACACGAUUGACCGCUCUAAAGCUUGUGGACGCCUGGUACAGCAAAGGUUCCUCAGUGUUGAGAGUAUCUACCGUGCCUGUGCCAAGAUUUGCGAGAGAAACCGCGGAGGCUAUCGUAGGACAUUUGCUAGCGAACGGUUAUUUGCAAGAGGACUUUCAUUUCUCAGCGUAUUCUACGAUAUCGUACCUUAAACGCGGUCCUAAAUCGGGAUUAGCUCUCAACAACGAUCACAAGAUACUCUUCAAUUACGACUCGCGAUCCCGAUGCGGAUCCUGGUUCCAGCGUUUCCUGGACGAGGACAGUCCGGGUCGAGUCUGGAGAAGCGAAGAAACUGUCUCGCGAACGCAUCAUCGUCGCCUUCCGUCAGAGAUAUGUCAUGUUUCAUCGAAGGAAAACAGCGUGAGUGAUCACGAAACGAAUAUGCCUCUGCCAAAUAUCCUGCGGAAAGCGAGCAGCUUUAUCCUCGGCGAUUGCGGCCAGGACAAUCGACGCGUCAUUUACCAGGACGGCGAGGCGUUAUUCUGCAAGAAUAACGUUUGUGUGCAUCCGCCGACGUUGAUGAGGCAGAACACCGACGUGGUGCAUCAUCCCGGGUACAUGACCGUAACGUGCAAGCUGAACAAGAACUCGAACCUGCCGACCCUGCAUCUCAGCUGGAUACCCAACAGUACGUUGCGCAAGCAUCCGACCGCGUUGGAGAACCUGAGCGCCAGGAACGCCGCGGCGCAUCAUCAUCGGGACGAUGAUCCGACUGUCCCACGUUCCCAGAUCCCGAAGGCACGUGGCGCCGACGAAAGACACGUGCUCGAGAACGAGAACGAGCAUGAGAACGACGUCGAGAAUGACAACGGGAACGGGAAGCUGGACGUGUGCUUGGAGGCGAAGGAACCAGUCAGCUGCGGCGACUGCGAACGCGUCUGUUCCGGUUCCGGCUAUGACUUUUCACGUCGAAAUAUAGGCGACGAGUUUGAGAAGAACAGCGGCGAGAGGACCGGGAAUCGCGAAUCUUCAGAUUGCGCCGAUUCGAGGAAAAACGAGAAGGACGAAGAUUCGAAAGAGAGGAAUUUUAAUGAGAACGACGUCAGGAGUAUCGACGAGGAGCCGCGCUUCUCGUUUCGCGAUGAUAUAAGCAUCAAGAGUCGUAGCUUGUCAUUAACUUCGACCUGCAGCUUGUCAAUCUCAAUAUCUGCUGACGCUGAGGAGAUGCCGACGUGGAUGAGAUCUCCGGAACUUUUGGCUCUUCAACACAAUCUUGCCUUUCCCGAGAGCGCGACUGCGUCGCCCGUGACAUUGCGCAGAGCGCAUCGAUGCAGAAGAUUCUCGGUGGAUCUUGGUGAGAUGCGAUCCUUACGACUGUUCUUCGCCGAUCCUGCUUGCACCUGCGGCCAGUUGGUAGUGGCGAGCAGAGAGAGCCAAUACAAGAUCCUGCACUUUCAUCACGGCGGCUUGGAUCGCUUGGCCGCCACUCUACAUCAAUGGCAUCAAUUGCUCUAUCCACGCUUGAGCGCGGACACGGAGGAGACUCUGCCAUACAGGCAUUUUAUGGUAUGCAGACCUGAGGUAAGUCGGGACGAAUUGCAUCCCGAGGAAGGCCAAGUGCCAAUGAUCACGUCGUUAGCUUGGAAGGACUUGUUGAACGAACGUGGUCAGAUGGAAGAUGAUCUCGCUCUUCGCAAAGGAAUCUUUUUCGGAGGCUUAGAGCCGGCGCUACGAAAAAUUGUCUGGCCCUUCCUGCUACACUGCUAUUCCUAUCAAAGCACGUACGAGGAUAGAGAGCAGAUCGACGCCAUUAGGCGACAAGAAUACGAGGAAAUACAGAGACGUCGAUUAAGUAUGAAUCCGGAGCACGCCGAGCGUUUCUGGCGAAACGUAGUGUGCAUAGUGGAGAAAGACGUCGUACGCACGGACAGAGGUAAUCCUUAUUACGCCGGCGAGGGUAAUCCUAACAUCGAGGUAAUGAAGAAUAUUUUACUCAACUACGCGGUAUACAACUGCCGCUUGGGUUACACCCAAGGAAUGUCCGAUCUCUUAGCUCCGUUAUUAGCCGAACUUAACUCCGAAAUCGAGGCCUUCUGGUGUUUCGCGGGUCUGAUGCAAAGAUCGGUGGCUGUGUGCACUCCGACUGACACGGACAUGGAUAGAAAUCUAUGCUACCUACGGGAGCUAGUGAGAAUAAUGGUGCCGGACUUUUACACGCAUCUUCAAAAUCAUGAGGAUGCUUUGGAACUUUUGUUCUGUCAUCGUUGGAUACUUCUGUGCUUGAAAAGAGAAUUUCCAACUGAAAUAGCCCUGGUCAUGUGGGAGGCCUGCUGGGUCAAUUAUUUAACGGAUCAUUUCCACUUAUUUCUCUGCCUCGCUAUAAUGUGCGUUUACGCGGACGAUGUGAUUGCCCAGGAUCUGCGAACGGACGAAAUGUUAUUGCAUUUCAGUUCACUGGCCAUGUACAUGGACGGGAACGUAAUACUUAGAAAGGCACGUGGCCUACUUUAUCAUUUCCGUCAACUUGUUCGCUUGCCUUGCACGUUAGCAGGUCUCUGCCGGCAAUGCGGUCCAGGGAUGUGGGACAGCACGCAUGAUCCGGUGAUAGAGUGCGUAGGUCACGAAGACACGAAUUGUCCCUAUUUAAAUAAUUACGAGUAAAUUACUUUUAGGAAGUUGAGAUAAAAAGCGGAGCAUCAGUAUUAUUUAACGUAUAAAUUAACUCAUUUCGUCGAGUUAUUAAAUUAUAAGUCAUUAUUCUCUCUAUACACCGAUCUUUCUUUAUACAUACCAGAUUUUUUGAUUCGUAGCAUAAGUUUUCUACGAACCACUAAUAUUUACAAGACACUAUAUCAAAUCUAGUUAAUUACACUCUAGGUUUUUACAUACAAAUUAAGCUCAAUUGUCACACGCGCGAUACUAAUUGUAACGGGCGAUUUUGUUCUUGUACAAAACUGCUUAAGCACCCUUCGAAUUUUGACAAAGAGAAAUAAUAUAUUACACAUCAGUCCGAAUUCAAUGCCGAAGCAUACAACAGACAUAUCUCGAAAUAUCAAUCUCCGAAUGAAAUUCAUGCACUGUCGAUUGAGAUAAACUUAAGAAACUUCAUCAAAGUUGUACGCGAGUACAGAGAUUUGCGAUAUAAUAGAUAGAUUUACAGUAUUCGUAGUGUUAAAGACUGAUGAGUGAGAAAGGAAACCUAGUACAAGCGUCCGAGUGCCACUAGCUGGGAUAGGGAGAUAUCCGUCGUGUGAUCCUGGUCCGUAGGCACCAAUCUAGUAGAGAGUUCGUCCGCGGAAAACCAAAGAGAAAAAUCAAAUCGUAUAUAAGUAUGAAAAAGUGGCUAUUUAUUAUUAAUAUUAAAUAUAUACCCGCAUUUUGUGCGGGUGUAUAAAUUAACAGUGUCUAUUCACUCCAAAGUGUUCACUUACAUUCAUACAUAUACAUAUUUUUUAUGUAUGACAAUCUCAUACACCGGUACUUUUCGCAUAUGUAAAACAGCAUCGAGCUUUUAUUUUAAACUUAAAACACGAAUUCUCGCUUU